AUGCCGGCUAAAGCCACUCCAAAAAAAACGGCCAGAGCUCCCGAAGGGAUUAAGCAACGCAAGCCGCACCGCUACCGGCCGGGAACAGUGGCACUAAUGGAGAUUAGGAGGUACCAGAAGACCACGGACCUCCUCCUUCGCAAGCUUCCCUUCAUGCGCCUUUGCAAGGAGAUAUCUCAGACGAUCACCACAAUGGACGUGCGAUGGACUGCUACCGCCGUGCUGGGGCUGCAAGAGGCAGCAGAGGCCUAUCUCGUGAACUUGUUUGAAGACGGAUUGCUGCUCGCCAUACACUCCAAGAGAGUCACUUUAAUGAUUCGAGACAUCCAACUGGCUCGGCGAAUCAAAGGAGGGAAAAACCCCUUGUACCCUGCUUAA